GUGGGGACCCACGGGGCAGAAAUGCCGUCUGAUCUCGCUCGGGUUCUCACACGUUUGCAAGCUUGUGAAGCUGCUCUCAAUAACAUUUACCCAGGAGCGACCAUGGUACUUCGUAGCACAGCGACAAUGCUUCGGCAGCGCGGCGCCCCCUUCCCAACCGCAGCUGCAGCUCAUGCCUCUCCGGCGGCCGCGGUGGCGCUGAAGACGAGCGCUACCAGUCGCCAGGUAACCGGCUGCAGCGGCAGUAGCAGUCAGCUGCUGCUGCUGGCUGGCCAGCGUCAUGCGGCCGUGGCUGCAGCGCGCGUCAGCAGCCGCCCGCCUGGCGGCGCGGGCCGGGGGUUCAUCCUUUUUGCUCACGGCAACAGCGGCAGCGGCGCUGAUAACCCCAGCAGCAGCGCCGCGGGCAGGGAGCGGGAUGAUGACGGCUCAAGCCGCCUCGUCGACCGCCGCCGCGGUGCUGGCGACAGCGCUGGCGGCGACAGCGAUGCGAUGAAUGCCGGCGAUGCAUUUGUGGGGCUGUACAACGCGGGCGCCUGGGACCGCAGCGGCGGCGGCGGGGCUGCGGCCGGUGCCACUGAAGGCGGUGCCGACGGCAGCAGGGGCGCCUCGGGUCUGGUGGCUGUUGAUGACUCAGAGGCCAUGGCGACAGACAACUUCACCGCUGCGGCGGGUGCAGCUGCCUCCGCCGCGGCGACUGCGGGCCUGGGGGUGAUGCCGCCCGCGGAGCCGCAUCAGGGGCGCGAGGGCGCGGGACCGGAGGGCGCAGCGGCAGCGGCGGCGCUGCGGGCAGACGACUCGGACGCAAUGGGUGCGGAGGAGCUGCAGGGCGAGAUUGGCGGCCGCGGGGGCGGCGCGCGGCAGCAGCAGCAGCACAGCGGAGGAGGUGGCAGUAGCAACCGGGGAUCUCAGGGCCAGGCUAGGGCGGCGGCCUCGCCCUCAGCAGCGCCAGUGGGCGAUUCCAUGAGCGGGCAGGGGGUGGAGCCCACGCCUCCCUCCCUGGAGGUGGCAGCGGCGGGCGGUGUUAGCAGCGGCGGCGGUGGCGUCAACGCGGGAGCUGGUGGCAGCAUGCGGGAGGCGGCACCAAGGCACCGUGCGCAGGAGCAGCAACGUGGCUCCCCCUCCUCCCCCGCCGCCCCCUCCUCCCUCUCCUCAUCCGAGCGGGAGGCUGUGUGUGCGGACGUCAUGGCGGAGGCCAUGGCGCUGCUGGAUGCGGACGCGCCGGAGCAGGUGGGCGAUCUGCUGGAGACCGAGGGCGAGGGAGUCCGGGCCGGCGGCAGCGGUGGUGGCCGGCAGCUGACGCCGGAUCAGGAGGUGGAGUUGUAUGGGUCGGGUCCGGACGAGGCGACCUUCCACCCGCACGACAGCACCACCGGCGGCGACGGCGGGGGCCGGGGCGCGCCGCCCUUCCGCCGGUCGGAGGCGCCACCGCAGAGGCGGCCGCCCCGGGGCAUUCCGGGGGCUGCGCCGGCGAAUUUCUGGACCGGCGAUGUGGACCGAGCGGACAAGCGCGGCACGGCCGAGAAGCACGAGGGGGGUGAGAGGCCAUGCUGAACGGGUUGUGUGGAGGCCGGUGCCAGUGUUCUCGUAGGAAUGCAUCUGGGCUUAUUAAUUCGUUGUCAGUUUCCUGGUUAUCACUGCACCAGAGCGGCUGGUUGGGUCGAGGACUCCGGCGGCUGCAUCCGCCCAUGGCCGAAUGUGUGGAAUCGACUUGCACAUGUUGCAGAGAAUGGGCACGUUGGGGUGCAGUUGAUUGGAAGAUGUCUUAAGCCACGCGGGCUGACUGUAACGGGUGCAGUGA